AACAUUCUAGAACUCACGCAUAAAUGGAGUAUUGGAGAAAGGAUAGACUUCGUUUUUGCAGUGGAUUUCGCAUUUCAUACAACGAAACUUCAUUCAUAACUGGAAAACCGACAAAACCAAAGCUCGGGAAAACAUACUAAUGGAAGCAAACGUGUUUCUGUUUCCAUUAUAAGCCAAUCAGGUAAUUCCACGUGUUUCUGAAACCCAUUCCCUGUGUAACUUCGAAUCCUAAAAAUCCCAUGAAAAAGCCGGUAAAAAGGUCGAAUUUUGCUUGAAUCUAACCAGAUAGAAUUAGGGAUUCCUUUGCGUAACGCGCUCAUUUCGCAUUGUUUGUUCAGAAGAUGAGAGAAGAUAUUCACGAAUUAAAAGGGUUUGAAUUUUGAUAGAAAUCGGAAGGAGCAGUUUGAUUUUACAAAUGGAGAACCAUAACAAUUACCCUGCACCUUCAUACCCUUACAAUCCUGCCUAUGGCUACCCCAGUGGGCCACCGCCUCCUAAUCAAUACCCUCAGCCUAGUGCGUAUCCGCCUCCUAAUCCCGGUGGACAGCCUGUUUAUCAUCCUCCGCCUGCUGGCCCAUAUGCGGCCUUUCCACCGUAUCCUUACUAUCAAACCCCAUAUGCCUCUCCGCCCCUGAAUUAUCACUAUUCAAGUGCUCCAACGUCGCCACUGCCUCCCCCUUCGGCCCACCAUGCAUCAGAUUAUAUUUCUCACCCUUACCCAUACCAUGGAUAUCCAGCUGCUUCGCCAUCGUCUUCUCCUCCUCCCCAUCCUCACCCUCUGUCAUCAUCAUCAUCAUCAUCUCCUCCUCCUCCUCAGCCUAAUUUUGAGGCAUAUGGUAGCUUCAGAUAUGGCUCGUUUCAUUAUCUCCACCAUCAAGAAUCUGGGCGGUUGCAGCCUCCGGAUGCUCACCCCAUAACCCCUCCUAGAGACAGCGGUGAUCACUCCAGCCAUCAUCACCAUCACCAGGGUAAUGUGUCUCCUAUUUGUGACUCAGCUCACUCAGAAGAAAGUUUUUCAAGCCACCCUCCACUCUAUCCACCUAUUGAUGACCAUUUGGCAAACAUGCAUUUGUCUGAGAUUCAGACGAGGCCACCUUCUGCACCAGCUUCCCCUCCGGCCCCUGCAGCUGCCACUGGUGGUCCUCAUAAGUUUUACUCGGGACCUCUGCCAGUGACUACUACUGGGACAGGGGGUAAACACGCGCAUCAUCACAGAUUUUCAUGGUGGGAGGGACCUUCAAGCAUGAUGGAGUAUCAUCCGCCGUCAUCAAGUAUUGAUAAUAGCAUGCAGCUUGUGCCAGUUUCACCUUCUAAAACAUCUCUAAAGGUUUUGCUCUUGCAUGGGAACUUAGAUAUUUGUAUAUAUGAAGCAAAGAACCUCCCAAACAUGGAUAUGUUCCACAGAACCAUAGGGGAUAUGUUUGACAGAUUGCCUGGUAACUUGACCAGCAAGAUCGAAGGGCAACUGAAAAGUAAGAUUACAAGUGAUCCGUACGUCUCCGUAACCGUAGCAGGUGCCACUUUUGCAAGGACUUAUGUUAUAAGCAAUGAUGAAAAUCCAGUGUGGAUGCAGAACUUUACAGUUCCGGUAGCUCAUUAUGCUGCUGAAGUGAACUUUGUUGUGAAGGAUAACGAUAUUGUCGGGUCUCAGUAUAUAGGAACGGUAUCGAUUCCAGUUGAGCAUAUAUAUGGAGGAGAGCAAAUAAAGGGAAUUUUCCCAAUCCUUAGUGCUAGUGGAAAGCCUAGCAAGGCUGGAGCUGUUUUGAGUCUUUCGAUGAAGUAUACUCCAAUUCAGCAAUUGAGCAUAUACUACAACGGAGUUGGAGCCGGCCCCAAUUAUAUUGGAGUCCCUCAGACUUAUUUUCCUCUCAGGAGAGGUGGUAGAGUGACUCUUUAUCAAGAUGCUCAUGUACCUGAUGGAUGCCUACCGAAUCUGACGCUCGGAAAUGGCAUGCAGUAUGUGCAUGGGCAAUGUUGGCGAGACAUCUUUGACGCGAUACGCCGAGCUCGACGCCUGAUAUAUAUAACUGGAUGGUCAAUCUGGCACAAAGUUAGACUUAUUAGGGAUGAUAAUUCUCUAUCUGAUUACACAUUGGGCGAACUUCUGAGAUCGAAAUCGCAGGAAGGAGUUAGAGUGCUGCUUCUAGUGUGGGAUGACCCUACAUCAAGAAGCAUAUUGGGAUACAAAACAGAUGGGGUCAUGCAAACUCAUGAUGAAGAAACUCGCCGGUUCUUUAAACAUUCUUCUGUUCAAGUGCUUCUUUGUCCCCGAGUGGCUGGAAAGCGCCAUAGCUGGAUGAUGCAGAGGGAAGUUGGAGUCAUUUAUACACACCAUCAGAAAACUGUGAUAGUGGAUGCCGAUGCUGGAGAUAACAGAAGAAGAAUAAUUGCUUUUCUAGGAGGACUAGACCUAUGUGACGGGCGGUAUGAUACUCCACGCCAUGCUUUAUUCAGAACACUGCAAACUUCCCAUUCAGAUGAUUAUCACAAUCCAACUUAUACGGGUAGUACAACCGGAUGUCCAAGAGAACCAUGGCAUGAUUUGCACUGUAAAAUUGAUGGGCCUGCAGCAUACGAUGUCCUGUCUAAUUUCGAGGAGCGAUGGCUGAAGGCUUCAAAGCCUCGCGGCAUAAAAAAGCUGAAGAUUUCGUAUGACGAUGCUUUGCUUCGAAUAGAAAGGAUGCCUGAGAUAUUGGGGUUGACUGAUGCUCCUUGUAUCAGUGAUAAUGACCCUGAGGGUUGGCAUGUGCAGGUGUUCCGUUCUAUUGAUUCAAACUCUGUCAAAGGCUUCCCGAAGGAUCCUAGAGAUGCUAUGCACCGGAACUUGGUCUGCGGGAAGAACCUUCUUAUAGAUAUGAGCAUACACACGGCAUAUGUAAAAGCUAUUCGCUCCGCCCAACAUUUCAUAUACAUCGAGAACCAGUACUUUAUCGGGUCAUCUUACAACUGGAGCCAGUACAAGGAUGUUGGUGCCAACAAUCUGAUUCCAAUGGAAAUCGCCUUAAAAAUCGCGGAAAAAAUCCGAGCACACGAGAGAUUUGCAGCUUAUAUUGUCAUCCCAAUGUGGCCGGAGGGCAAUCCGACAGGGGCUGCUACACAAAGGAUUUUAUUUUGGCAGCACAAAACAAUGCAAAUGAUGUACGAAACUAUAUACAAAGCGUUAGUUGAGGUGGGGCUCGAGGAUGCUUACACACCUCAAGAUUACUUGAACUUUUACUGCCUUGGCAACCGUGAGGCUCUUGAUGCAGGCGAGGCGCCCGAUAAUCAGCCCAUAACCAACAAUCCUCAGGGGCUCAGCCGGAAAAGCCGCAGAUUCAUGAUCUAUGUUCACUCAAAAGGUAUGAUAGUUGAUGAUGAGUAUGUAAUCCUGGGGUCUGCAAACAUCAAUCAACGAUCGAUGGAGGGCACUCGAGACACGGAGAUCGCGAUGGGAGCGUAUCAACCGCAGCACACCUGGUCAAAAAGACUAUCUAGUCCUCAAGGACAGAUAUAUGGAUAUAGGAUGUCUCUAUGGGCGGAGCAUGUAGGGUUUUUGGAAGAAUGCUUCACACGGCCGGAGUCCUUGGAGUGCGUUCGACGUGUAAGGUCGUUAGGUGAAGCCAACUGGGAACAGUUUUCAUCCCCACAGGUCUCAGAGAUGAGGGGGCACCUUAUAAAGUAUCCUGUGGAUGUCGACCGGCAGGGCAAAGUGAAGCCUAUCCAUGGUUUCGAAACCUUCCCAGACGUUGGAGGUAACAUCGUUGGAUCAUUCAUUGCCAUACAGGAAAAUCUAACCAUAUAAUUCUCUCUUUUUUUUGUAACACACACAAAAUUUUGUUCAAGGGUUCAAUUGCUUGGUUUGGUU